CUACCCGGAAGCUAAAUCUUGGAAAUCACUUGUUGUUGUUGUUAUCGAGCAGAAAGUAGCUCGUCUACUUGCUAGCUGUAUAUCAUAAUGUUUUACGGAUAUGGUGGUUGUUUGUAUUCCAUUCAUUUUAUGAUCUUAUUUUAAAAACCCAUAUUUUGGAACUGUAACUCAUUGCUUUGAUUUAGCUGUCUAACGUUCUGUCAAGUUCGGCUUGCUAGCUAACGCCGCUAGCUAGUUAACGUUAGUUACGAAUGACAGGGACAGUCAUAUUUUCCAGUCUGUAUGAAAAAACGUUAGAACAAAAUGGAUUGCACGGCACUGGAGCACGAUGCAGUUAAAUUUGCUAAAACUGCUGUCAUCUGCGACCAGAAUGGAAAAUACAACGAGGCUGUCUUCUAUUAUAAGGAGGCGGCACAAGCCCUGAUCUACGCCGGCAUGGCAGGGUCUAAACUGGAGGGCAUCCAGGAUAAAGUCAAUGAGUACCUGGACCGGGUUCAGGCCCUGCACAAUGCUGUUCAAGCUCAAAGUAGCGAUCCUCUAAAGAGCAAGCAGCAGGUGGAUCUGGAGCGGGCCCACUUCCUGGUCACCCAGGCCUUUGAGGAGGAUGAGAAGGGCAAUGGGGACGAGGCCAUCGAGCUCUACACACAGGCCGUGGAACUCUGCAUCCAGACAUCUCAUGAUACGACAGACCAGGGGCUGCAGGGCAAACUGAAGCAGCUGGCUCGUCAGGCCCUCGAUAGGGCGGAGGGGCUGAAGGAGUCCCAGUCCGCCAGUCCCUUAGCCCAGUCGCCACAGGACAGGCCAGGGCCCCCAGGGGCCAAACCUAGUGGGGGGCCUUGCCCCGUCAGACAGUUCUUCCCCCUUGGACCUGACUUCUCACUCCAGAACCGUCCCCAGCCAGUCAGGCCCGUCCAGUCCAGCGAGCCUCAGGGUCAGCGCUACACCUCAGAAGAGAUCGAGGUGCUCAGGAGCACAUCCAAGAUCAACGGCAUACCCUUCGUCCCCUUCAUGAGCGUGGACCUGAAGGAGAGAUUUGCCUUUCCUGUUCCAUUCUCGGACAAACUAGGCAAGCUGGCCCUGUCUCCCAAGCAGAGAACCAUCUUCUCCCGCUGGGUUCGCCCUGACGAGAUCUGCAAUAACCCCACCAUGAUCUUAUCUGUAUCCAGCUUCAGCAUCAAACAGACGGUGGUGUCUGACUGCUCGUUCGUGGCGUCGUUAGCCAUCAGCGCUGCCUAUGAGCGACGCUACAACAAGAAGCUCAUCACCAGCAUCAUCUACCCCCAGAACCGGCGCGGGGAGCCAGAGUAUAACCCCUGUGGGAAGUACAUGGUGAAGCUUCACAUCAACGGUGUGCCCAGGAAGGUCAUUAUAGACGACUUCCUGCCAUGUGGUCAGAAUGGAGAGCUGCUGUGUUCCUACUCCAGCAACAGGAACGAGCUGUGGGUCUCCCUCAUAGAGAAGGCCUACAUGAAGGUCAUGGGAGGCUACGACUUCCCCGGCUCCAACUCGAACAUCGAUCUGCACGCACUCACUGGCUGGAUCCCAGAGCGUAUCGCCAUGCAUUCAGACAAUCAGUCAUUCAUCAAGGAUGACACCUUCCGCAUGCUCUACCAGAGGUUUCACCGGGGCGACGUCUUAAUCACCACAGCAACGGGGGUGAUGACAGAGGAGGAAGGCGAGAGGUGGGGCCUUGUGCCAACGCAUGCCUACGCUGUCCUGGAUAUCCGGGAGCACAAAGGGAAGCGGUUUCUGCAGCUGAAGAACCCGUGGAGCCACCUGAGGUGGAAAGGUCGCUUCAGUGAACGGGACGAGAAAAACUGGACCCCAGAACUUCUCAAAUACCUCAACUUUGACCCCAAGACCGCACAGAAGUUUGAUAACGGUGUGUUCUGGAUCACGUUUGAGGACCUGUGCCAGUACUAUGAUGUCAUCUACCUGAGCUGGAGCCCCGCCCUGUUCAGAGAGUCUUCCUGUAUCCACAGUAGCUGGGAUGGGAAGCAGGGCCCGGUGAAGGAUGCCUACAGUCUGGCCAACAACCCUCAGUACCGGCUGGAGGUGACCUGUCCUGCAGGGGGCACUGCUGUCUGGGUGCUGCUGACCAGACACAUCACUGACAAGGACGACUUUGCACAAAACAGGGAGUUCAUCACCUUGGUGGUUUACAAGACAGAGGGAAAGAAAGUUUACUACCCUGCGGACCCUCCCCCCUACAUAGAUGGGAUCAGGAUCAACAGCCCCCACUACCUGACCAAGAUGAGACUAACCAGCGCUGGAACACACACAUUCACACUGGUGGUGUCACAGUACGAGAAGCAGAACACCAUCAACUACACCCUGAGGGUCUACUCUGGAUGCAAGUUCUCCUUCUCCAAGAUCCCAACGCCCUUCACUCAUACCAAACGGAUCAAUGGCCAGUGGAAAGGGCCGAGUGCGGGGGGCUGUGGGAACUACAAGGACUCGUACAAGCACAACCCCAUCUACCAGUUUAACCUGGAGCGCCCAGGACCCAUGCUCAUAGAGCUACGAGGCUCCAGGCAGUACAGUGUGGGCUUUGAGAUGGUGAUUGUGUCCACUGUAGUAGAGCCAGGACCUGCAGGCCACCCAAAGAAGAACAGUGGAGACUACAGGUGUGGUUUCUGCUACAUGGAGGCGGACCAUGUCCCCGCUGGCAUCUACAACGUCAUCCCCACCACCUUCCUGCCCAAACAGGAAGGACCCUUCUUCCUGGACUUCAGCAACACCACGCCCCUAAAGGUCUCCCAGCUCCAGUAAGGAGAGGGGGGAAGGAUUCUGGUGUGACACCAGGAAUAACUUGCUCACAACAUGGACACUCACUGUUUCCUGAACUCUGGGUGGAACUUGUUACGACUGCUGGAGGAUCCAAAAGAGACUGAUUUAUUUUAUUAUCAAGGGUAUUUGGAAAGGGACAAGUGUUUGGUAUGGAACCUAGCCCUCUAUGUGCUGAGGGGUGUGUAAGAACAUGUACCAAAAAAUGUAAACUAUCAGAGCUAAUGUUGGAGGUUGCCCAUCCUCCUUUGCCAUAAUGACAGAUACAGUAAAUGAUGUCACAACUAUGGCCCUUAUGAUUUUCAAUGUUCAAUUACUUGGUGCUUGUUGACCACCAGUCUAGGUACUCGAGGCAGUGCUGGUAUUUACCAAGAACGAAGGGUGAUGUUCUCAACUGCAACCGCUACUGUCUUUUUCUCAGGAGACCUCACCACGACAGGGAUUUCUCUGUUGCACAGGAAUGUGACACAGGCAUGAAGACUAAUCUUUGGUAUUUCUAAGGAUGCGUGACACAGGCAUGAAGACUAAUCUUUGGUAUUUCUAAGGAUGCGUGACACAGGCAUGCAGGACGUGUGUGUGGUUGCAGAAUUCUAGGAACUUUCAAUAAAUUCCCUGGUUUUCCAGAUUCCUAGAAUCCUCCAACUGGGAUUUAGGGAAAACCGAGGAAUUAAUAAGUUCCUGUAAUUUUGUGUGUGUGUGUACUCGCAUGGAAAACGACAUUUGAAACGUAUCUCCAGUCUCUUGUUUACGCUUCAGCAAGGACUUGAACACUUCACAGCGGUUUCUCCUUCUCUGUUAACAUUUUGUCAAACAGGCAAGACUGCUAGUGGCUUUGUCAUUUUCUGGACAAUUACUGUGAAGUGUCAAUGCUAUACAGUCUUGUGGACAAGACCCACUCCUCAAACAUACUUUAUUUUUGACAAAGGAAAGCAUGGACUUUCCUUUGCAUUAGCAAAAUGGCUGCUCUUUGUCGUUUCAUUCUUCUUUACGUAGAAUUACAUUUGUUUUCUUCCCCCUCCAGUGACUGUUAAAGGGCAACUGUUGCCACUUAUGUCAAAUGCAAUAGUCUUGUAUGAUUUUGCUUAACUUGCACUAAAUGUGGAAUGAUGUAUUCAAACAUGGCAUUGAAGGAAAUCAGAAAAGGUG